GAAUGAAGGCAAGUAGGAAAGAGGCGGUAAUGGAGUAGAAGCCCAAUAAAAAGCUAAAGUGGUUUGAGAUAAUAAUGAAGAAGUUGGAGGGCCUAAACGCAAUAUAAUCAUCCAGUCCAGUGCACUGCUUUAGUCCACGUUGCAUAGAGUUACUGUUUGUGCAGCUAUAUUUUUUCAAACUUGACCACUCCGUUCUUGUAAUUUCUUCCAUGGCUUCAUCGCCCAACUCCUCCUCAUUUCUUGGCAGAAGUUCCACUCUCGCCGUCACCCGUUUCCCCCGCCACCAGGCGCCGCCUCCGGAACGCGGCCGGAAUGUCGCGGUGCUUUGGAGGUGGAAGAGGAGCAGCAGCUUUGUGGUUUUCAGCAAAAAACAGCAGGAAAACGCGCUGCAGUACAGAAGGCUCGGGGACUCCGACCUCGUAAUCAGCGAAAUCACUCUCGGCACUAUGACUUACGGCCAGCAGAAUACAGAGAAAGAGGCUCACGAACAGCUUAGUUACGCGUUUGAGCGCGGAAUUAAUGCUCUAGACACUGCAGAAAUGUAUCCAAUACCACCGAGAGAAGAGACCCAGGGGAGGACAGACCUGUAUAUCAGUAACUGGCUCAAGACUCAGCCCCGAGACAAGGUUAUUUUGGCAACAAAAGUUUCUGGUUACUCAGAGAGAUCCACUUAUUUGCGUGACAGUGGAAAGAUUCCGCGAGUUGAUGCUGCUAAUAUCAGGGAAAGUGUGGAGAAAAGUCUUAAACGUCUUAAUACAGAUUACAUUGACUUACUCCAGAUUCACUGGCCAGAUCGAUAUGCUCCACUAUUUGGGGAAUAUUUUUAUGAUCCUUCAAAGUGGAGGGAAAGUGUACCAUUUGCUGAGCAGCUGAGGGGAUUCCAAGAACUCAUUGAUCAGGGGAAGGUGAGGUACAUUGGCGUUUCCAAUGAAACUUCAUAUGGAGUCAUGGAGUUUGUUCAUGCUGCAAAAGUUGAAGGACUACCAAAAAUUGUCAGUAUCCAAAAUAGUUACAGUAUGCUAGUUAGGUGCAAAUUCGAAAUUGACCUGGUCGAAGUGUGCCACCCAAACAAUUAUAACAUCGGUUUGCUUGCUUAUUCUCCCCUUGCGGGUGGAUCAUUGAGCGGGAAGUAUCUAGACAUCAAUUCGGAAGCUGCCCAGAGAGGCAGGUUUAACCUCUUUCCCGGCUACAUGGAAAGAUACAAUAAGUCUUUUUCUAAGGAAGCUACGACCAAGUACCUGGAGGUGGCAAAGAAACAUGGGCUGAGUCUAGUUGAGUUAGCUCUUGCAUUUGUACGAGACCGAUCAUUUGUAACCAGCUCCAUCAUAGGCGCUACUUCCGUGGACCAACUAAGAGAAAAUAUCGAUGCAGUUUUAACAACUGAGAGGCCUCUGCCCCCUGGGGUGGUGCAGGAUAUUGAAUCUGUUUUCAAAAGGUUCAAAGAUCCUGCAAUUGAUUAGGUUAGUGAAUCCAAACUAUAACCACUUCUGAAUAUUUUAUCUCAAUUUUUAUUGUUUUUGCGUUGAGUGAAAAACAAUACUACGAUCCAUAAUAUUCACAAUUUUAUGUGAGUUAAUAGAGAUUGCAUCUUUCAUAUUUGAA